GGGUGGAUGGGGUUGUCAGGGAGGGAUAGUACCUCUGAUGGGGGAGCAGUCAUACUCCUAGGAGUAGCUCAUCCACUUUGGUCCCCACUUGACACCAUGCUCUCACCUGUGGCUCCAAGUAGCUGUCAGCAUGCGACAGCAGCCACACCCCGGAAACCUUCUCGACUGACUGGCUAAACCAGGUGAGGGUAGCGGAUGAGUCUGAGACCCUUGGUGAGUCAGGGCCUGUCUACCCAUUGCACGCGAAGGCUGGAUCUGGCUGACUGAGGAAACCUGGUUCAACGGUCAGGAGGGCAGGGACAGCAAGCGUUGUGGAACGCUCAAGAGCACGACAAGACACGUAGGCGUCCUGGUCAUCCACUGCGCCCUGCCCUGUCUCCAGCCAUCUUGAGUCUUGUCCUGCCACUGGAUACAGAUAGGAACUGGGAAGAGAGAGUGAGGUUGACGUCGCACAACUCUCCCUCACUUUAAUCCAAUUCACGCGCAAGUCUCGACAUCAUUUCAUAUCACAUCAUAUCAAGUCCCGUGACGAUGGGCGAGCGAUGAAGCAGCAGGUGUGGAUACACUGGGAGCUGUAGCCGCGGACCUGCACACAGGCAGCUCAGGUAUAAUGGUCGUUCCUCACUGACCGAGGCAGCAGUGGAGCUCGGCGUCUUCUUGAGUGACUGAGCAGCCCUAUUCAGGAUUGCACUGCUCACCUCCGUAGAAUGAAGAGGGGGCUAGAAAAGGUGCCCUAAACAUUGCCUGCUUCACCUUACCCUGGCCAGCAUACUGCGGCUGGCGGGGAUCCCAUAAAAGCGGUCAAACAAAAACAAAACUUAGAGUGACACCGAUCACCAUUGGCACAUGGAAUGUGUGCACGUUACUGGACAACAUCACAGCACACAGACCGGAGAGAAGAACAGCCCUUGUCGCCAGAGAGCUCGCACGCUACAACAUUGACAUUGCAGCCCUUAGCGAAACUCGCCUUGCUAAUGAAGGACGGCUGUUCAAGUCAGACAGAGGCUAUACAUUCUUCUGGAGUGGCCGCGGCAGUGAUGAGUGUCGCAAAUCUGGAGUUGGCUUCGCCAUCAAGAGUCAUCUUGUUCGGCAACUUGCCAGUUCCCCCAAGGGUAUGAAUGACCGACUCAUGACAAUGCAGCUUCCGCUUCGGAAAGGAAAACAAGGUACUUUGAUCAGCGCAUACGCUCCCACAAUGACCAACUCAAAGGAUGUGAAGAAUACAUUCUACGAAGAACUAGAUGCUCUGCUAUCAUCAGUGCACCGCACAGACAAUCUGAUCUUACUUGGCGAUUUUAACGCAAGAGUCGGAUGCGAUGCCACAGCCUGGGAAGGAGUCAUUGGGAAAAAUGGAGUGGGAAAGUGUAACAGCAAUAGCCUGUUACUGCUGAAAACUUGUGCAGCACAUGACCUUCUGAUCACCAAUAUGGUCUUCCGCCUCCCUACCCGUAACAGGACUUCGUGGAUGCAUCCCCGUUCCAAGCACUGGCAUCUGAUCGACUAUUUCAUCAUCAGGAGAAGGGACAGACAAGAUGUCAAGGUUACAAAAGCUAUGUGCGGCGCUGACUGCUGGAUGGAUCACAGGCUCAUAGUAUCCAAAAUGAAGCUCCGUAUCAUGCCGAAGAGACGACCACAAGGCUAUAAGGCUCUCAAAAGGAUCAAUGUAUCAAAGCUGAAGAACAGCUGCAUCGCUGAAAAUCUAGCGGAAGACCUAGAGAAUGAGCUUGCUGAUCUUCGUAUUGAGGAUGACGCUGAGAAAGACUGGGAGCAAUUCUGCAACACUGUCCAUACAGCUGCAUCAAAGGGAUUGGGGCCCUCCACACACAGGCGGCAAGACUGGUUUGACGAAAAUGAUGCAGAAAUCCAGGCCUUACUUACUGAGAAGCACCGCCUGCAUCGUGCAUAUCAGAACGACCCAUCCUCAGCGGCAAAGAAGACUGCCUUUAUCAACGCUCGCAGAGCAGUACAGAACCGACCACGCAAAAUGCGGGACUUGUGACUGAGCACCAAAGCAGAUGAAAUACAGGCAUAUGCGGACAGGAACGACUACAGGCAGUUCUAUGAAGCCCUCAACACACACUGUGGUCCACAGUCUUCUGGGAGCUUUCCCUUCCUGAACUCUGAUGGCACUGUGCUCCUUGCAGAGAAGACGCAGAUUCUCCAGAGAUGGGCUGAACAUUUUGAAGCAGUUCUCAACUGCCCCUCAGUCAUCAAUGAUGAGGCGAGUGACAAGAUGCCCCAGGUUGCAGUCAAUGACUCCAUGGAUGCUUCACCAGAAGAGGACGAAGUGAAGAAAGCCAUCAACCAGCUAAGCCCCAGGGUCAGAUGCCAUACCAGUAGAGGUGUAUAAAGUCGGUGGACCCGUGCUGCUACGGAAACUCACUGAGCUGUUUCAGUCCUUCUGGAAGCAGGGAUCCAUUCCACAGGAAUUUAGAGACGCGUCCAUCGU